AGCGCGGGCGGCCCGCGGCGCCCCCUGGCUCUCGGCGCUCGGGGCCAGCGCAGCCCGGGGCGAGCGGGGCGCGGGCUGGGGAGGGGGAGCUGCCCGCGCACUCCAUCCCCCUCCCCCCCGGGCGAGCCGGCGGCCGGGGGGAGGGCGGGCGGCGGCGGCUUGCUGUAUAUAUCUCGGCGCACCCUGCCAGGUCGCGCACAGCGCCCCGAGCCCAGGCGCCUCCCCGCCCCCCUCCCGCGCUCCGCGGCGGCGGCGGCGGCAGCAGUAGCAGCAAUAUGGCUGUUGAUGGGUGUUUGGGGAGGCGCUGGCGGCGGGAGGAGCUCCCCCGAGCCCCUGCGCCGGCUGCCCGUUGCUAGCUAUGGCAAAUGGUGGCGGCGGCGGCGGCGGCAGCAGCGGCGGCGGCGGCGGCGGCGGAGGCAGCAGUCUUAGAAUGAGUAGCAAUAUCCACGCGAACCAUCUCAGCCUAGACGCGUCCUCCUCCUCCUCCUCCUCCUCCUCUUCCUCUUCUUCUUCUUCCUCCUCCUCUUCCUCCUCGUCCUCGGUCCACGAGCCCAAGAUGGAUGCGCUCAUCAUCCCGGUGACCAUGGAGGUGCCGUGCGACAGCCGGGGCCAACGCAUGUGGUGGGCUUUCCUGGCCUCCUCCAUGGUGACUUUCUUCGGGGGCCUCUUCAUCAUCUUGCUCUGGCGGACGCUCAAGUACCUGUGGACCGUGUGCUGCCACUGCGGGGGCAAGACGAAGGAGGCCCAGAAGAUUAACAAUGGCUCAAGCCAGGCGGAUGGCACUCUCAAACCAGUGGAUGAAAAAGAGGAGGCAGUGGCCGCCGAGGUCGGCUGGAUGACCUCCGUGAAGGACUGGGCGGGGGUGAUGAUAUCCGCCCAGACACUGACUGGCAGAGUCCUGGUUGUCUUAGUCUUUGCUCUCAGCAUUGGUGCACUUGUAAUAUACUUCAUAGAUUCGUCAAACCCAAUAGAAUCCUGCCAGAAUUUCUACAAAGAUUUCACAUUACAGAUCGACAUGGCUUUCAACGUGUUCUUCCUUCUCUACUUUGGCUUGCGGUUUAUUGCAGCCAACGAUAAGUUGUGGUUCUGGCUGGAAGUGAACUCUGUAGUGGAUUUCUUCACAGUGCCCCCUGUGUUUGUGUCUGUGUACUUAAACAGAAGUUGGCUUGGUUUGAGAUUUUUAAGAGCUCUGAGACUGAUACAGUUUUCAGAAAUUUUGCAGUUUCUGAAUAUUCUUAAAACAAGUAAUUCCAUCAAGCUGGUGAAUCUGCUCUCCAUAUUUAUCAGCACAUGGCUGACUGCAGCCGGGUUCAUCCAUUUGGUGGAGAAUUCAGGGGACCCAUGGGAAAAUUUCCAAAACAACCAGGCUCUCACCUACUGGGAAUGUGUCUAUUUACUCAUGGUCACAAUGUCCACCGUUGGUUAUGGGGACGUUUAUGCAAAAACCACGCUUGGGCGCCUCUUCAUGGUCUUCUUCAUCCUCGGGGGACUGGCCAUGUUUGCCAGCUACGUCCCUGAAAUCAUAGAGUUAAUAGGAAACCGCAAGAAAUACGGGGGCUCCUAUAGUGCGGUUAGUGGAAGAAAGCACAUUGUGGUCUGUGGACACAUCACUCUGGAGAGUGUUUCCAACUUCCUGAAGGACUUUCUGCACAAGGACCGGGACGACGUCAAUGUGGAGAUCGUUUUUCUUCACAACAUCUCCCCCAACCUGGAGCUUGAAGCUCUGUUCAAACGACAUUUUACUCAGGUGGAAUUUUAUCAGGGUUCCGUCCUCAAUCCACACGAUCUUGCAAGAGUGAAGAUAGAGUCAGCAGAUGCAUGUCUGAUCCUUGCCAACAAGUACUGCGCUGACCCGGAUGCGGAGGAUGCCUCGAACAUCAUGAGAGUAAUCUCCAUAAAGAACUACCAUCCGAAAAUAAGAAUCAUCACUCAAAUGCUGCAGUAUCACAACAAGGCCCAUCUGCUAAACAUCCCGAGCUGGAAUUGGAAAGAAGGUGAUGAUGCAAUCUGCCUCGCAGAGUUGAAGUUGGGCUUCAUAGCCCAGAGCUGCCUGGCUCAAGGCCUCUCCACCAUGCUUGCCAACCUCUUCUCCAUGAGGUCAUUCAUAAAGAUUGAGGAAGACACGUGGCAGAAAUACUACUUGGAAGGAGUCUCAAAUGAAAUGUACACAGAAUAUCUCUCCAGUGCCUUCGUGGGUCUGUCCUUCCCUACUGUUUGUGAGCUGUGUUUUGUGAAGCUCAAGCUCCUAAUGAUAGCCAUUGAGUACAAGUCUGCCAACCGAGAGAGCCGAAGCCGAAAGCGUAUAUUAAUUAAUCCUGGAAACCAUCUUAAGAUCCAAGAAGGUACUUUAGGAUUUUUCAUCGCAAGUGAUGCCAAAGAAGUUAAAAGGGCAUUUUUUUACUGCAAGGCCUGUCAUGAUGACAUCACAGAUCCCAAAAGAAUAAAAAAAUGUGGCUGCAAACGGCUGAUAUAUUCCAAGAUGUCCAUCUACAAGAGAAUGAGACGGGCAUGUUGUUUUGAUUGCGGACGUUCUGAGCGUGACUGCUCGUGCAUGUCAGGCCGUGUGCGUGGUAACGUGGACACCCUUGAGAGAGCCUUCCCACUUUCUUCUGUCUCUGUUAAUGAUUGCUCCACCAGUUUCCGUGCCUUUGAAGAUGAGCAGCCGUCAACGCUAUCACCAAAAAAAAAGCAACGGAACGGAGGCAUGCGGAACUCACCCAACUCCUCGCCUAAGCUGAUGAGGCAUGACCCCUUGUUAAUUCCUGGCAAUGAUCAGAUUGACAACAUGGACUCCAAUGUGAAGAAGUAUGACUCUACUGGGAUGUUUCACUGGUGUGCGCCCAAGGAGAUAGAGAAAGUCAUCCUGACUCGAAGUGAAGCUGCCAUGACCGUCCUGAGUGGCCAUGUCGUGGUCUGCAUCUUUGGCGAUGUCAGCUCAGCCCUGAUCGGCCUCCGGAACCUGGUGAUGCCGCUCCGUGCCAGCAACUUUCAUUACCACGAGCUUAAGCACAUUGUGUUCGUGGGCUCUAUUGAGUACCUCAAGCGGGAAUGGGAGACACUUCAUAACUUCCCCAAAGUGUCCAUAUUGCCUGGUACGCCAUUAAGUCGGGCUGAUUUAAGGGCUGUCAACAUCAACCUCUGUGACAUGUGCGUUAUCCUGUCAGCCAAUCAGAAUAAUAUUGAUGAUACUUCGCUGCAGGACAAGGAAUGCAUCUUGGCGUCACUCAACAUCAAAUCUAUGCAGUUUGAUGACAGCAUCGGGGUCUUGCAGGCUAAUUCCCAAGGGUUCACACCUCCAGGAAUGGAUAGAUCCUCUCCAGAUAACAGCCCAGUGCACGGGAUGUUACGUCAACCAUCCAUCACAACUGGGGUCAACAUCCCCAUCAUCACUGAACUAGUGAACGAUACUAAUGUUCAGUUUUUGGACCAAGACGAUGAUGAUGACCCCGAUACAGAACUGUACCUCACGCAGCCCUUUGCCUGCGGGACAGCGUUUGCCGUCAGUGUCCUGGACUCGCUCAUGAGUGCGACAUACUUCAAUGACAAUAUCCUCACCCUGAUACGGACCCUGGUGACCGGAGGAGCCACACCGGAGCUGGAGGCUCUGAUUGCUGAGGAGAACGCCCUUAGAGGUGGCUACAGCACCCCGCAGACACUGGCCAAUAGGGACCGCUGCCGCGUGGCCCAGUUAGCUCUGCUCGAUGGGCCAUUUGCGGACUUAGGGGAUGGUGGUUGUUAUGGUGAUCUGUUCUGCAAAGCUCUGAAAACAUAUAAUAUGCUUUGUUUUGGAAUUUACCGGCUGAGAGAUGCUCACCUCAGCACCCCCAGUCAGUGCACAAAGAGGUAUGUCAUCACCAACCCCCCCUAUGAGUUUGAGCUCGUGCCGACGGACCUGAUCUUCUGCUUAAUGCAGUUUGACCACAACGCCGGCCAGUCCCGGGCCAGCCUGUCCCAUUCCUCCCACUCGUCGCAGUCCUCCAGCAAGAAGAGCUCCUCUGUUCACUCCAUCCCGUCCACGGCAAACCGACAGAACCGGCCCAAGUCCAGGGAGUCCCGGGACAAACAGAAUGCAACAAGGAUGAAUAGAAUGGGCCAAGAAAAGAAAUGGUUUACAGAUGAACCGGAUAAUGCCUAUCCCAGAAACAUUCAAAUCAAGCCCAUGAGUACCCACAUGGCUAACCAGAUCAACCAAUAUAAAUCCACAAGCAGCUUGAUUCCACCAAUCAGAGAAGUUGAAGAUGAAUGUUGACUCCCAGGAGACCAGAACUAUUUUUUUAAAGCCUGACAAACUUCAUAAAUGGUGAUGUGACUUUUCUUCUUACAUGCUGAAUCACUGGUGGAAACGUUAGGAUAAGCAAGAAUUGCCAGAAAAUAAAGUAGACAGAUCUUUCUCUUUGUCUGCCUUGAAUAUUGCUUCCAUGUAUUUUGGAAAAGAAAAUGAUUUCAUUUGUAAAUGAACAUACUAAAAUAGUCAUGUAUAGCCUCUAGCAUUUUAAAUUAUUUUUAUUUAUUAGAAAGAAAAUAUAUUUUUUCUUUUCAUUGUCAAAUAUCUUCCCUAUAUCUAAACGAUGCAAAAUCUAAAUGAAUAAGUAAGUGGUCAGACUCCUUAAUGCGUUUUUCUCUUCUUUCUCUCUUUUUCCUUGAGGAGAAUGAUGGUCACCACCACAAUUAAUUGUAAUUAAGGGAAAUGAAUUAUUAAAACAAUUUUAAAAUGGCCAAUGAUGUAUACAUGUAUUUUAGUAAAUCCAAAAAAGAAGACUAAGGGGACAGGUGAAUACCUGCUCCUCGCCUGGAUGGGUGUGUAUUUUGAUCUGCAUUGACACCAGCUCUUAAUAAAUGGAAACAUUUAUUUUCACAGUUGAAAGUCAUAUUUUUGUAGUUUUAGUUUUCAUUCUGUAGUUCUCACCCCUUUGUUCAUAUUCUUAAAGGGAAGACCUUCUUGCUGCUUUUCUACAAUUGGCAGAUCAGGUUUGUCUGGCCAACUAAGGACACCAGGAGGGUUGUGGGCACGCCUGGGAUGUGGAAGCUGAGGACCAGAUGCACAGAAGACAUUGCUCUGUUUGCUGUUCUGGUGGUGGGGACUCCUACGUGCUGUUAUGCUUCUCAUUUUAUAUUUCCAAACCACCUGAGCGAGUAAUGUCAACUUCGGGAGGGUCUGGUGGACUUUCUCCCCGCUCCCCAAGUCUCAGAACUUUUAGCCUGGAAGUUUGUAAAACUGAUCAGUAGUUUUACUUUACCAUAGGAUAUGAGAGGGCAUUCAUUCUUCUCACUGAGUUUUUGUUUAAAAACCAGGAGAUUUCUACAAUCAUGGAGACAGAUUUUAAUUUGCAUGCUCUCCUUUAGUUGCUGGGGCCAAACACAUGAACUUGUUACAACAAUUUAAAAAAUAAUAAUAACAAAAGGAAAGCAAUGAAUGCACUUCAUAUAGACUGUUAGAAAAGGCCUUUGAAAAUUACCAGCAGUGAAAUCAAAUAUAUCAGCCACUUUAAACUGCGGUCAAAAGAUUUUUCUAGCCAUCAGAUGCAAUUAUGAUGUCUCAGAGCUCUGCUGUCGCUUGCAUGCUCGGUGUACAGUCUCCCGGCAACUGUUUUGUUCCAAUCAACUUAGCAAGUCUUUCAACUUUAAAAUUAUCAAUCUUUGAUAUGAUCAUCAAGGUCUCUGGAGAAGCAUGGAUGUAAUAGUGAUUUCUGUUUUCUUAAAAAAUGUAAACUGUGGACACUUAAUGGAACCAAGCUAACCAAAGUAUCUCCCCGAAGUUUCAUGAUAUCUAGUCCAUUAACUCUUUGGGCCAUGAUCUGCGGUACCUAGUUAUGGUAGUGCAAAUCAGAUCAGAGGAAAGCAAUGAGAUCAUCAUGAAGACAUAUGUCCACUAAGUGCUCCAAUUACCAAUGUAGGCAAAAUGAGCUUCCACCUCUGUCCACUCCCUGCAGAGCCAAUAUAGUCGUGCUUCCACCUCGUAGGCAUUGUCCUGCAGUGACUUGUCGGACUGUGGUUACUCUGUCGUCACAUUUUGUAGAAUUAGUUCUAUAAAAGUAUUGUGAAUAAAAUGUAUGUCCAAUUGGAUUGUUUAAAAACUACUUAUAAUUAAUCACUAGCCUACUCAGCAGACUAAAAUGAUGUCAACAGUCUAUAUUCAGGCUUAUAAACAUUUCUUGGUUUCCAACAGAAGUCAAAUGUGUUUGUGGGGAGAACGUUUUGCUAGGAUUUUGACAACUUUCCUGAAAGCUAGGCCUUCUUUUACAUAAUGAUUUUGCAUUGGGGUCACCUUAGUAUAUUUAUGUCAAUCCACGCUCUUCUUUCCUUCGUGAACCAUAGUGGGCUCUUCACUCCUGCUCAUAAUAACCACCUCCAAAUUUGUUAGAGUGAUUUGGUCUCCUCUGGCAGGCUGUGGUGGCCACAUAAAGGAUCUUCCAUUAGAGGGACACAGGACACAAAGCUCCAUUCCCACUACCCUCUUUUCCCUGUGUCACCCCUACCAAGGCAAUCUGGAAGCAGAAAUGCAAACUCCAGCCCCACAAAACAUCCACUGAUGCAUUUGUGGCUAGAGAUUUUAAUCUAAACUUUUUUUUAAAAAAUCAUAAUAGGAUAGUUUCCUAUAGCAAAGGGCUACUUGAUUCAUAAGCACCCCCCUAAAAAAAAAACCCAAAUUGGUAGAAAUUCAUUUUCUUUUAAGUAAAGCAAUAAGUUCAUACUGUGUUGCCUUUGUAAUAAUGAAUUGCUCUGGACUAGAAAACAAAAUGAGGCAUUUUGUUAAGGAGGUAAGAAAAUGACUGGUUGUUGGGCCCUUUGGCAAAAGCUGGUGCCUGGUAAGUAGAAGCGAAAUGGAAACAGAAAUAACAUUUGUGAAAUCACUGGAGGGCUCAAGCAAAUGCCAGAGCUUCUCCCUGGCUUGUUCCUACUCAUUGAGCUCUUUGGCCCCGAGACCCAUCCACCUCCACUGCGACAGUCUGUCUUUCUGCCUACAUCCACCGGAGACCAAGAAGGGUCUUUGGUGCAGUCCACAUUAUGAGGCUCUGAUUUCCCAUCCCAGUUUAGGGCUCCAGAAAAGCCAUUCUCUCAAACUAUUGAUUCUUGGGUGCUGUGGGUCACCAACAGGCUGUUUACAAAGCAGAAAAUAUCAUCACCAUCAUAACCUUUCUCCUUGAGAAAACUUUUAUUUUUGUCUGAGCAACUUUAUAUUUUAGACUAUCAUCUUGAACCAUUAUAAAACACCUUAAAUAAAAGUGAUUUUUGACUAAGGCACAUUGGAGAACAUUCCAAAACUCUUUCCUCCCAAGGGUUCUGGCACCUUAUGAUGUACUUUGUAAAAAAAUUGAUUGAAGAUUUUAAAUAAACAGGAAAUUAGAAGUUUUUGUUAGGGUUAGAUAAAGGAAAAGUGAAAAAGCAUAAGAAAUUUGGGACAUUUUCAUGUUGAAAGGAGAAAAAGCACAAGUCCCCUAGUUACCAUUUAAUACGAGGGUGCAAGAGCCAUAUUUACAAACAACUAGCUAUGAUCUUUAAAAAUGUUUUUAAAACUCUCUGAGUCUCAGUGACUUCAUUUGUAAAUGAGAGUGAUUCAUCUAGAUGACUCUAAGGUCCCUUUCAGGUCCCAGGGGACAUGAUCUAAGUUAGGAGUGGGAACAUGGGAGUGGCUGCUUCUCCUUGGCUAAGCCCAUGCAGACUAUUGUGUCCAGGACUGGAAUAAAGGUCCUAUUUGCUGCAUCACCCGGGCAACACUCCCAGCCUUACUCAGGAGUAGUGAACAUUUUCUGCUCUGGACAUAGAAUAGGUAGGUUCAUUCCUGUGCUUUUCACUUUAGAUUCUCUUUAGGUUCAAGACGCAAAUUUCUCAAUUUGGACACACCUGAAUCACGUUGGUCAAAUUUUGCUGCCUGUUUCUAGGGUUUUCUUCUCAAUUUCAUCCCUGCCUUCCCUUUGUUGUUGUUGUUUUUUUUGGUUCAAGGCCCAGCUUCAGUUAGUCCCUUCAUCUCUAUGCCAUGUCUCCAAUUCCUGGUAUGUAACUAGAGGUUCAAGAGACCCCAGAUUCCUGCCAUUUUCCCCAUUUGUUUCCCCAUGUAAAUCUUCAGGAAGUAACCAGUUUUCCUUCUCACUUCAUUUCCUGUCCUCUGUUUCUUUGGUUGUUUUCUUUCAUUAAUAAACUAACCAUUCCUUAGCUAUUUACAUUCAGAAAUGUAAUUUUAAUCUAUUGUGUUUUAUUGUGAAAGAGAAUCUCAUUGAAGGAAGGAAGGGCGAAAUUGAGGAAUAAAGGUAGGAAGGGAGAGAAACAAAGACUAUCCAACCAAUUGACUGAGAUGUGAGCCGCCUUGACCCCCAGGAGACUAAGUAGAUCCGUUCAGCUGGAACACUGGGUUCCAGGGCAGAAUCUGUCCAUUUUCUGUUUUGUUCUUACUUGCUGCUUUUGGAAUGGUGGUAAAGCCACCAAUCACCAUGACCCUUUAAAGGACCUUCACUAAUGAGGACUUGACUCACCCUCUUUAAAAAGCAAAAGAAACAGAAUUUACUUACAAUCUUCUAGUAAAUUACCUUUCUGCUCCUCUCCUUAUUCCCAAAAGGCACAUUUUUUAAUCCAGCAGAGAUGAUUUAGCAUAUAAAUCCCAGGUCAUUUGAGGAUGUGAUGAUGCUAUUUGGAUUUAUUUAUGAGAGAGUAGUAAUUAUAAAUGAAUCCUAGGGAGUUUUUACUAGUUUGGUCAUAUUGGUUGUUUAAGUGGAGUCUCUUCUGAUUGGUUGUUUCCAAUAAAGUAUCAGUUGUUAACAAUUUCAAAAUUUCCAUAAAAAUAAGGAAACUUGGAAAACAUUUUUAAUUUUAUUUCUUAAGAGACCACAGAGCUUAAUUUUCAAUUUUUAUGGUAAGCUUGCUUAAAACAUGUAUAAAAAGAAGCCCAUGUGCUCAAAGGCAGAGGCACCUUUAGCCCUACAACAGUUGGAGCUCCAUGAUAUCACAGCCCCACAUGGAUAGAUUGGAGAAAGAAUUCUGACUUAGACCACCUGUAGCAGACCUUCCUCUUUUGGCAUAUUUUUUUUUAUCACAAAAAGGACCUGAGAAUCCUUAUCUAAAGAUAAGCCAAACUUGGGGUAUACAUUAAGAAUCUGGGAAGAAAGAAAAAAAAGAAAAAGAUAUAAUAAGCAGUAUUUUAAAAUACCAUGAGUUAUGGGCAUGCAUAUGGUACAAAGAGUAGUUCUUUGGGUUGAAAGAAAGAAGAGUUUGCAUUGAACUGCAUAGGCUGGCAAGAAUGCAGAGGCAUAUAAUGUUUGAUGGGCUUUGGAGGCAUUUCAAUAGUAAAUGGGUGACAGGACUGGAAAGAUGUGGAAUAUGAGGGUUUUCCAGGGAGGUGGGACUUAAUGGGCCAUGAUGUAUUUGUAGGAAUGUGAUUUCAAUAGAUUGACUAUUUUGUCUACUGUGAUAAGUUUGUGUAGGAGAACUGAGGAAAACUGAGAUGGGACUUCAUGGAAGGGGCUACAAAGUACAGUCUAAAGGCCUAGAUAAAAGUUUGAAACUUGAUUUAGAAAGUCAUGAAAAGCCACUAAGAGUUUUAAGCAAAGAGUGAUGGGGCAGCAAUGGCUGUGCAUUUUUCAGGUUGAAAGUAGUGAGAUGUCAGUUCUUCCUGGAAGAUAUCAUGCGAAUGCACACAAAACUGAACAUUUUCUCAGCAGCAAGGAGUGCUAAAGGGUGCACACUCCAAGUCAACAACUCAUCGUAUGAAGCACCUCCCUUCCUCACACAUUUUGCUUUGCUUUCUGUCACAGGACCAUCAGACGUAGAACGUCCUGACUCUCCUGAAUUACUAGAAUGUCAGCAACAAACUCACAAAGUAGAUUAGAGGGUAGGAAUAGAUACAUAAAUUUUUAAAAACCUGCCAAUCAUACUAUUUUCUAGACAGUAAUAUAAUAAGAACAUGAGGCAGGACAUCCACAAAUUGUAGAGAAUAAUUAGUAGUCCAGAACUGCCAAAUAGGAAUUCCCAUUAUGAAAACACCCUUGCAGCUAAUCAGGUAGCCCUUGUUUAGAAACCAGUUAGACUCAUAAAAUAUUUGUAAAAGGAGUGGGUGGGGGAGAAAUGAGCACAAUAUAGGUUCUGCCAUCAAUCAGCUUAUAAUACAACUAAAGAAAGAACAUGUUCAAAGUGCCAUUAGAGAAAGGGUGAGCCCUAACCACAUAGUUUCACAUUCAAUAUGGUAGGAGUUGAAACAAGGGAGAAAUGCUGUGGUUUGAAGUGGUUCAGCAAGGUAGGAUUACUAGAGAAAGGGGGGUUUAGGAGUUAGAUAAGUAGAGGAUCAGCCUUCUAGGUAUGAAGGCAGGAUUAUCUGGCAUGUGGCAGCGUGAAUGGUGUUAAUCAGUAACUGCUAAUUGAUAUUUACUGAGCAGCCGCUGUGUCCUUACGACGGUAAGACUAUUAGAGGAAGGCAGCCCACCUGCCUAACUGGGAACACAAGGCACACAUAUAUUGGAAAGAUCAUGUUGCACAAAAUAGGUGUUCAAUAAAUAAUUUUUGAAUAAAUGUGAACACUGAAUAGCAAAUAAAUGUUAUGGAUCGUAAUAGUUGUAGAAGAUUGGUUGGGAUUGUAGGGACUGGAUGUGGGGCAACGGCUGUGGGUCUAGAGUAUAUUCAUUGUGCAGUGGACACACACCUAAUCUGUCCUCAAGGACAGAACCAUGUGGAGGAAUAGGAAAACAAGAGAAGCAGGCAAGAAGCGGAGGCAGUGAGUACAGCAGCUAAGAAAUGUUACGUUGGGUUCAUCCAGAGCAAGAAAAGCGGAGAGCUGUCCGUGAGGGAAGGCCACACAAGCAAGAGGAGUCGGACAGGGGAGUAAAGGAGUGGGCUACAACAGGCCCUGCAGAUGUGGAAGCCAGACCCACAGAGGCACUUAGAAAGUGAGGAUCCUGGAUGAAUUAUUUUAGGAAGAAAGUGUAGGCUUAGAUCAGCUGGCAGAUGUGUUUGUGGGCUACAGCCAUAUUUUUCAGGACUAAAAAGGAGCAAAAUAAGUAGAUCUUCUUGGGACAAGAGAUCUAGGGUACUCCAGAACCAGGGAAAUGAGAAACAAGAGGGGAAUUUUAAGAAAGAGAGGGCAGAUCAUCUAUGAGGUUGGAGAUGAAAGAUGUUGGAGAUGGUGAGGCAGAAGUCAAAGACUCACUCAAAGGGCAGGAACUCUGCUUAGGUGUCCAUAUUCCCAGAGCUUGUCAUGAGGUCUGGCCCAGGUGGGCAGUCACUCGGGCCACUAUGUGUCACUGUGGCUGCCAUGGUGGAUGGAGGCUGGACAGGACGUGUGGUGAUUGGCAGUCUUUCUGGAGGACUCACCAGGGAGGGGUCUCAGGUUGGCAUCUCCUUUCACCUUCCUGUGCAUGUCACUGCACUGUUCUUCUUCCCUCCCUGAAAAGCACACACACUGCACCCUUAGUUUCAGGGGUCUGAAAACAAAUGCUACAACCACCUUGCUUUGGUGGCUUUUCCGAACAGGCAUUGUGAGAAGAGAUGUUCUGGCCAGGUGAAAGUGGACUUUAUCUUUAGGUAGGUUUUUCAGUUAAGAAAGGUUUCCUUUGCUUAUCCCUUGAGGACUUCUGUGCUGCUGCUGCUUCUCCUCCAUCUUGCUAGUUAACAGAACAGAGGUGGAAGUGACACCAAUGCUCUCAGCCAUGCCUGCCUUGGGAAGCACUACCGGGCCCCACUGUUUAGCAUCUUAGAUGGAAAUAUACACAAGGCACUGACACACGCCUGCGGGAGUGACCCAGUGCUUCCCUCCCAUGGGACUCAGGGUCAGUGUGGGAAGGCAGCUGGCAGGGACAGGAGCCCCGCCUGCAAGGUGGACCGAGCCUCACUUCCACACAAAACCAGAGUCCCAUCUGCCCCAGAGUGCUCGCUCUCCUCCCCUUCCUUCCACUCAAUGCAGCCUGACACGCCUUUGACCAGAACUGCAACAUUUCAAACAUAAACCCAGAUCUGUUGGGAAAUCCUAAUUAAAAAACGUUCCAUUCCCAGGUGGCACAAUCACAUCCUGCCUAAAACUUCUGGCCCACAUCCCACCACCCAGAUGUUGAAAAGAAACCUUUCUCUGCUUAACACCAAAACCCUGCACUUCAAGGUUUCUUUAGGGGACAAAGAAAAAAAAGUACACACAUGCAGAGUUCAGCCUACAUGUUCAUUGAGGAAAAAGAGCGUGGCUUAUUCAUCUUUCAAUCUUUUGAUUGUUGGCAUUAUGAUUAUGAUUAAUUACUCUGACCUGACAGGAAUUGAAGAAGAGAAUAUAUGCUGGUGCUCUGAAAUGAUCUACCCAACUCUGUCAUCUGUAACAACCAGUGAUAACUCUCUUGUCUUGUAAAAAGGGUUUGUACAUAACUUGUACAUGGUUUCAUUUUUGUAUUUUUCGCAGAUUAAAAAUUUAUGUAUUUGUGUUCUAAAACAA